AUGGCACGUCAACUUGUCGUUAUUUCUCUUCUAUUUUUUGUCGCCGUUGCUGGGUUGGUGUCCGCACAGGCACCUGACAAGGCUCCCAUUGCAUCCCCAUCACCAAAAGCUUCACCUACGAAAGCCGACACUUCCUCCCCCGCUUCAGCACCUUCAAAAUCCACCACUGCCCACACCCCUGCCUCCGCUCCAAAAGCCCCAGCUAACAGCGCUAACAGCGGUGAUCAUGUAGUCGGAGCACCUGCACCCGCAACAUCACCUGCUUCGUCAGCAAAAGCUCCAGCUAUCAGUGGUGAUCAUGUAGUGAAGGCACCUGCACCCGCGACGAAAGCCCCCGCUGCAAAGAAGAAAAACUCCACUUCCCCUGCGCCACCAGCCUCCUCAUCGGACGCUGAUGUUUCAUCUCCUCCUGCCCCAGGACCCAGCUUCAGUGAUGAUGUUGUUGAAGGACCAGCAUUUGCUGAAGGACCCACUGUAGAUAUUGAAGAAGUAACGGCCGAUUUUGUUGAAGGACCCGUUGCAUAUGGUCCAGCUGCGAGUAUUGCUAUGGGACCCGCACUUGAACCUGCAGCCGACGAGGGUGAAAACAGUGGCUCAUCUGCCUUGGGCGUCUCAUUCGCUGUUACUGGAGUUGCUGCUCUGGUUGUGGUUGGUUUCUUCUACUAG